AUGCCUUCCGCCGUCCUCCGCUUUCCCAAGCUUGCUGUAGAAGAGCUGUCGAUAAUUCCCUCGUUCAAUGACACCAAGUCCUUCAGCCUUCAAUUUCUCGAGGACACUUUCGGCGGAAAGGACUGGUCCCCCGGCCUGAGAAUCAUGCCGCCGGGCACGGGCAUCUGCAUUCUACCCACCCGUAGCUACUACCUCCUGAACGCCGAUUUCGAGCCCUAUCUGCCCCGUGAACCCGGCCAUCAUGGUGCCAAGCUCACCGCCUUCUUCAACGAACACCCCGCAACCAUCUACGGCGAGGAAGCCAACAUCUCUCUGGACAACGUCCCACUCUUUGUAUGUAGCACCCCUUGGGCACAAGGCAACAACCGUCGCUACAUCUACUUUGGCAACUACUCCCAGACGCGUUGGUCGGAUAAGCUGGACUACGACCGUAUGCAAGAGUACGUUCCCCUGCAUGUCAAGGAGUUCUGGGCCGAGGAGUUGAGUGCUCAAGGAAAGGACGAGUGGGUCAGGAAGGCGCUUAUGAAGCACUUCUUCCCGAUGCCAGAGUACGAGGGGACGACUUUCUACGGGCAACCCGAAGGCAGUGGGGCAAAUGGCGAGGAAGAGAAGGUCAAGGAGAAGGUGUACAGGGACGUCAAGGAGCAUGUCAAGGUUCUGAAGGACUGGGAGAAGGAUGCCAUGCUCAAGACGAGACUGAUUAAGAAGGACUUCAUCAUGAAGGCUUUCGAGAGAGCCGAUGCCGAUGAGCCGCCUGCCCUUCGCCUCUGGUGGGAGUACCUGCAGUGCGUCAAGUACGACCGCAAGUUCUACGACCUUCUUGUUCAGCUGCAGAGCCGCAAACCCGAGUACCUCAAGUAGGCGUCCCUUUGCUUUACCGCGCUUCUGGACACCAUGAACACUCCUCUGUACGAGUCCCGCCACGAUGAGGUCGUGCCGGCAAGCUUUGCAGGCGCACCCACCUUUCUUUCUG